AUGAACUUUAUACGUUAAUUAUAUUUUUCACUCAUGUAGUCGAAAAAUUCGAAACGUCUAUAGCCCAACCCAAUAACCUACAAUGUAUCAAAUGGCCCAUUCAAGUAAGGGACCAAACCUGGACUUUGCUGUGAGCAAUCAAUUCUCCGGCCAGUGGGUCCUUAUCCCUGUAAUGCAGCAAAGAGUUAUUACAAAUUGAAUAACAUGCAACGUACAUAUCUUCUAUCAGCCGAACAAAAACAAAAAACCAGCACCAUGUUUAUCUCAACUACUGUCAUUUUUCAGGCAAGGUGUUGGUGAUCAUUGAAUAUCCUAUCACUUAUCUGCAAACUUGGACAAUUCCUUGCUAGAGUACAAAUUUUUGUACUAAAUUUGUUGUUGAAUUUUCUUCAGCAGACCUUCUUAUUCUAUAAAUACACUUAUAGAAUUCUCAGCAGCAACCUGUUUCUCUGUAUCAUUUUACCACCAAAUAAUGGACUCACUACUCUUAGCUUUAAUAUAUGCAGCUGCAUUAAUAGCCUUCAUUUCAAAACUAAUCUCCAAAUUACGUCAACCACGAAGAAAUACACCACCAGGUCCAAAACCAUGGCCUAUAAUCGGCAACCUGAACCUGAUUGGUCCAAUCCCACAUCAAUCCUUUCACUUUCUAUCCCAAAAAUACGGCGAAAUAAUGCAGCUCAAAUUCGGGAAGUAUCCAGCUGUGGUUGCAUCUUCUCCAGAGAUGGCCAAACAGUUCCUAAGGGUACACGACACAGUCUUCGCCUCUAGACCGUCUCUUGCCGCCGGCAAAUACACUGCCUACAAUUACUCCAACAUGACGUGGGCCACAUAUGGCCCGUACUGGCGUCAAGCCCGUAAAAUAUAUUUUUCCGAGGUGUUCAAUGCGAAAAAAAUCGAAUCUUUUGAGCAUAUCCGUACUGAGGAGACUCGUAAUUUGCUGUCCCGUUUGAGAUCCGUGUCUGGGAAUCCAGUUGUGCUGAGGGGCCAUUUAACACAUUAUACUCUCUCCACCGUAAGUAGGAUGAUAUUGGGGAAUAAAUACUUCUUUGAUUCGGAAGAUGAUAAAUUCAUUAAUAUACAAGAUAUGUUGGAUGAGUGGGUUCUGGUUAACGGGGCAUUUAUUUUAGGGGAUUGGAUACCAUGGCUCGGCUUUCUCGAUUUGGGCGGAUAUGUCAAGAGAAUGAAAGCUUUGUACAAAAGAUUGGAUGAUUUUCACAACUAUGUGAUUGAUGACCACAUAGCUAGAAGAAAAGGGGUUACAGACGAAGAAAAAGACUUUGUAGAUGUGCUAUUGCAGCUGGCUGAGGAUCCUAAUCUUGAAGUUAAACUGACGAGGGACUGCAUCAAGGGGUUAUUACAGGAUUUACUAGGUGGCGGCACAGAUACCUCGGCAGCAACAGUAGAAUGGGCUCUCUGCGAAAUUCUCAGACAACCUCGAAUAAUCAAUAAAGCGAAAGAAGAGCUCAACACUGUAAUAGGAAGAAACAGAUGGGUAGAAGAGAACGAUUCCCCUCAAUUGCCUUACAUAGAAGCAAUAAUCAUGGAGUCAAUGAGAUUACAUCCAAUUGUCACGCCACUAACCCCGCAUUACGCCAUUGAUGACUGCAAAGUUGCAGGCUUUGACAUAUCAAAGGGAACAAUGGUACUCAUCAACACAUGGUCCAUAGGGAGGGACCCUAAAUCAUGGGAUUCGCCGGAAGAAUUCUUACCGGAGAGGUUUUUGGGCAAAGAAACUGAUAUGUUAGGGAGUAAUUUUGCGCUGCUGCCGUUUGGUUCAGGGCGGAGGAGAUGCCCUGGGUACAACCUCGGACUGAAAAUGGUUCGAACAACGUUGGCUAAUUUGCUGCAUGGAUUUGAGUUUGAAUUGGCCGAAGAUGUAUGCUUGGAGGAGAUGUACGGACUCAACAAACACCCUGUAAAGCCUCUUGCUGUGGUUAUGGAGCCAACACUUCCACCCCAUCUUUACCGAUGCUAUGUUUCAGAGGAAUGAACAAAUAAAUAAAUUUGAUCUUCAUGCAAGUAGGAUUGUAAAUAAAUAAUGUAUAUUUUAGGGACUAUUUUAUUAAAUUAUUUAUGUUUUCUAUUGCGAUUAAGACCCUUAAUAAAUUUGUCAUGUAAAUUGUAAUUGUCAUUAAUUAAGGGUUAUAUGUACAUUGGGGCUCGUAUAGUAACGAGGCCCGAUAUAAAUUUGAAAUCCGAAAAAAUACACGAGUCAGAGUCAAAGUCUGAAUCUAUACUAAUGAGGCUCGAUGGUAUAUAAACUUGAGUGCAUAGUAACAAGAUCCGAUAAUACGUGAAUUUGGACGAAGACCAACAAGCCCUACUAAUAGUUGAAUUGAGGCUUAUAUCUUUGAUGGUCUUGUCCAACUUUUAUGGGCUUCUUUUCAGCCCCAUAUUUCAAUAUAGACACAACUUUGGAAUCUGGAUCUCGAGGGAGGUGAGACAAUAAUUUUCAAUUAAUUCUUAUUUGUUACAUUUAUCGAAUUUUAAUAAUUAUAUAUAUAAUUAGCUGAGAUUAAUGUUAUGUUUGACUAACAUGCUCUAUAGCUAGAGCAUCUGCUAUGUCUCAGCACAAUAAUGUUGUUUAAUUACCUUCAUCACAUGUAUAUUGAUCAUGCAACAUCCAUUUGUUUACAUAAGACAAUCAAAUUAUAAAGCAACUCAAUCAUGAUUUCAAUAAUAUAUGAAUAUGCUCUCAAACACUAUUUGUGAUUUCUC